AUAGAUAGAUAGAUAGAUAGAUAGAUAGAUAGGACUUUCUCUUUAUUUUGCAGGAUGCCACACAGCGUGCUCGAGUUGCCAUGGUAACCUGCUCUUUUUCAGACCGUGAGAAGCGCAAGAUGACGUCAGGUUGUCGGUGGUGACGGUGAGCGCGUGCUCCGGAUCCUCGCUCACUCGGUGACUGCGGCGGUGGCGGAGCCUCCAUCAUGACUGGCGCGCUGUGGAUUACUGUCACUGCGUGCUGAAGCGGGAUCGACAGCGCCAUGGCUGAGAGGUUGGAAUGGGUGGAAAUCAUCGAGCCGCGCACCCGGGAGCGCAUGUAUGCCAACCUGCUGACGGGCGAGUGUGUUUGGGACGCCCCGGCGGGUGUACAGAUCAAACGCAGCGGACAGGAUCAGUGGUGGGAGCUCUUCGACUCCAAAACGUCCCGAUUCUACUACUACAACGCUUCGACCCAGAGCACCGUCUGGCACCGCCCACACAGCUGUGACAUCAUCCCUCUCGCCAAACUACAGACCCUCAAGCAGAACACUAACGCGGCUCCGCCCACCACGACCAGUGCCUCGGCCGACAACAGCCCCGCCCGCAGCGCCAUCAGCACCACCUCAUCACAGGAGCAGGAGGAGAAGACCUCCACCGCCGAGGAGGGAGACAGGUUCAGAUGGGGCACUGGCACCAGAGAGCGGAUGCUCAUCAAAGUAUCAGAUCGAGAACCCAGUUUUCUGACCCAGGGAAACGGAUACUCCAGUUCUUCCCCACGUUCUAGAUGCUCGUCCAGCAACGCUCCUUCCGACCCCGAAGCCACGCCCCUUUCUCUCCCCGAUCGCCCGGCGUCGCAGUCUCCGUUUCUAAAGAGAGUGGACUUGGGCGGCACUCAGCGGCGCUGCUCGGGCGAUUCCCAGCCAUCAUCCCCACGCUAUGCUUACGAGCCUCCUUUGUACGAGGAACCUCCCUCGGAAUACCAGUCCCCGCCUAUUUAUGAGGAACCGCCCACUGACAUGCACUGCGACCAGGCUUUUUUCGGCUCUGAUAGGUCUCCGGCGCGAAAACCAGGUCUUUACCACUCUCCCAAGCAAAGCCCAUCUCCUUACGGUCAACUGGUGUUGACGAGACAGCGGAGCUCAACGCCCGAGAAGACGCCCAAUCAGGGGGAUCGAGACUAUAACUCAAGUGGGCGGGACUACAGCUCUGCAGGGCGGGACUACAGCUCCAGUGGGCGGGAUUAUAACUCAGGCAUGAGGGACUACAGCUCUGGUGGGCGGGAUUAUAACUCUAGUGGGCGGGAGUAUAGCCCCGCUGGGCGGGAAUAUGUAAAGCAGCUAGUUUAUGUCGAGCAGUCUGGCUCCUCCCCUCGGUUUAGGACAACCGAGCGUCUGCUGAGCUACGGGACGACCAGUUCAAAUAACCUCUCAGCCGGAUUUUCUUACGGCGGCUCCUUUACGCUACAGCACAGUCACGAUCUCAAUGGUGGCAAUCGGAAACGUAAGAACCGGAAGCCGUCUUUGCCGGGAGGAGAGGGUGAUGGCAUGGGGUCUGGACUCGGGGCGAUGAUAACACAAGCCCGGUUGGCAUGGGAGGCUCAGCAGAUGUUACAUCAGCGAGGGGGCGUGUCUUCUGACCAGGGAGCGAAAGAUGGGUAUGAGAGUGACGGGGCGAUGCCCCUCCCACUGCCUGGUCCGGUGGUGCGGGCGUUCAGCGAAGACGAGGCUCUAGCUCUACAGGAAAGCCAUUGGAAGCGCGCCACCCUAGACAGACUGGCAUUUCCUCAGAUGCUGCUAGAAAAGAGUCUGUCGGUGCAAACCAACCUGGCAUCACCUGAACCUUACCUUCAUCCCUCGCAGUCGGAGGAUCUCGGGGCGUGUUCUCAGUUCGAGGCCAGUCGUAACGCUCGUAACAUGAUGCCCAGCGCGAGCUGCGGCGUUUUCCCAGAGUUCACGCUCCGCAAACCGUCCUCCGAGACGGACAUCGAGAACUGGGCGUCCAAACACUUCAACAAGCACACGCAGGGUCUGUUCAGGAGGAAAGUGUCCAUCGCUAACAUGCUAGCGUGGAGCAGCGAGCCCAUCAAGAAGCCCAUGAUCAUGACCACAGACCGGACGGUGAAGCGCGAGGCCGUGGAGCUCUUCAAACUCGUCCAGACCUACAUGGGCGACCGUCGGGGCAAAGGCGAGCCUCUGUCCGUGGCUCUGGAGGUGGCUGUGAGGGGCUGGAGCUGUCAGGGUCUGAGAGACGAGCUCUACAUCCAGCUCUGCAGACAGACCACGGAGAACUUCCGCUACGACAGUCUCCAGAGAGGAUGGGAGCUCAUGGCCAUCUGUCUGGCCUUCUUCCCCCCGACGCCUCGCUUCCACAACUAUCUGGAGGGCUACAUCUGCAGACACAUGGACCCUCUCAACGACACCAAGGGAGUGGCGAUUAGCAGCUAUGCUAAAUACUGUUACCGUAAACUGCAGAAAGCUGCGCUCACCGGAGCCAAGAAGGGUUUGAACAAGCCCUCGAUGGAGGAGAUCGCUCACGCUCGUAACGCCAUCUUCAGGCCCUCCAUGUUCGGCUCGUCUCUGGAGGAAGUGAUGUCGAUGCAGAAGGAGCGUUAUCCUGAGCGCCAGCUGCCCUGGGUCCAGACGCGUCUGUCUGAGGAAGUGCUGAGUCUGAACGGAGACCAGACCGAGGGCAUCUUCAGGGUUCCUGGAGACAUCGAUGAAGUAAACGCUCUGAAACUACAGGUGGACCAGUGGAAGGUGCCCACCGGCCUGGAGGACCCACAUAUUCCAGCGUCGCUGCUGAAGCUCUGGUACAGAGAGCUGGAGGAGCCGGUGAUUCCUCAUGAGUUUUAUGAGCAGUGUGUCUUGAACUACGACAGUCCUGCAGCUGCUGUCAACGUCGUCCUCAGCCUCCCUCACAUCAACAAACUGGUGCUCUGCUACCUCAUCCGCUUCCUACAGGUAUUUGCUCAAGCCUCCAGUGUGUCCAUGACUAAGAUGGACGUCAGUAAUCUGGCGAUGGUGAUGGCGCCAAACUGCCUGCGCUGCCAGUCGGACGACCCGCGCAUCAUCUUCGAGAACACCAGGAAAGAGAUGAGCUUCAUGCGUGUGCUGAUCCAGCACCUCGACACCAGCUUCAUGGACGGGGUGCUAUAGCACAUACACACACAUUAGCAUCACACUUAGCGCCCACACAUGACUCACUCGACAAACGUCCUCGACAAGCCUCUUCCUGUCGCGCUCGCCUUCCACUCCGCGCUAAGGUCAAAUCCACCAUCCCCAUGAUUUCUGAAUGUUUCUGAAUAGAUAAACCAUCCGUCCUCACAUGAUAGUGACUGUCCUGCUUUGGUUUCUAGCGUGCAUGUGAAUGUGUCCGUUUCUGUUUUCUAACUUGACUGACUUGUAGACCGGUCCGUCUGAUUUUAUAAGAUUAAUUUAUUUGUUAUUUAUUUGAAUAAGGGUUUGUAAGUAUUGUACUGCCUUUUGAAAUAGAAAACAUCUGUCCUCACUGAUCACAUGCAUCAAUCUGUGUGUGUGUGUGUGUGUGUGCGUGUGUGUGAGUGAGUGUGUAUGAGUUCAUUUAUCACAGUUGUUUUAUACACUAUUGUGUACAUCUCAACACAAGUGCCCCUCAUAGUAAACUACCUGCGGUAAAUGUGAAGGGUGUAAAUUAUGUGUAAAAAUGCACUUUCUGAACUCGCACACACUGAACUUUAAUACAUAAUUGUUGAGUCAGAAAGUGUUUAACAUCCAGAAUAUUACGUGCUUCGCCUUUAAAUUCUUGCUUAUGCUCACACAAGCAUCCAGACGGCCUCAUUUAGACACACACUGAUUAAGUUUGGUGCUUGUAAUGUCUAUAUCACACUGCCAAACACACAAUAUUGAUACUCGGUGCUCAUUCCUGCCUCUAGGAGGCGUAUCAGUGAGAAACAAGAGACAGACAAUAAAGGAGGGAGAAAUAAACAGAGAGAAUCUCAUGAAGAAGUGUCCGGGUUAUAUUUCACCACAAAAUAAAAAAAUAAAAAGAGUAAAUGUGAAUUUGAGAGUUUACCCCGAAAAUAAAAUAAAGGUCUGUUUACAUAUAAUACAUAAUAUCAUGAUUUAAAAAAAAUAUAUAUGUAAAUGACCAUUGCCCAGAUAUUAUUUUAAAUAUUUUAAUUGGAUUUUGAGGGUAGAACAUAAUGUUAACAUUAAAUAAAAAUAGCAUGAAAAUGACCCCAAUGGCGCAAAUAUUAUUUUUUAUAUUUUUAAUUGAAAUUUAAGGGUUGAACGUGUCAUCAUGAUAUUAAUAAAAAAAAAAUAAUAAAUAAAAAAUGAGCUCUAAAAUUUCCAUAAAUGGCCCAAAUAUUGUCUUGCAUAGUUUUAUUUGGAUUCUGAGAAGAAAUAACAAAUAAAUAUGGUCCUAAAGUCACUAUAAUAGCCCAAAUAUUGCUUUAAAUAGUUUUAUUGGAUUUUGAGUUUUAAACAUAUUAUCGUGAUAUAAAAAAGACCCUUAAAAUUUAAAUUUUAACAUAAAGAAAAAGUAAAAAAAUAAAAUAAAUUGACAUUAAAAUGACCAUUUUAAGAUAUACAUAAAAAUGAAUUUAAUUUAAAAAAAAAAAAUAAUAAUAAUAAUAUUUUUAAUUGUAUUUUGAGGUGAAAUAUGAGCCGGAUGUGCUCUGGACAGACAGAUGUUUGUAUGUUUGGCUUCUCCUCAUCUCUGCACACCCCGAUCUGUCAUGGCCACACGUUCACGUCCUCAUCUGUACAGAACAAUGUGUAAAAAAUACAAAUAAAAGCUAAAACGAAAGAAAAGAAGAUAAAAUAGUUACUACAGUAUUUCACAGCAGGAGCGUUUAGGUUGGAAUCUCAAAACUCCAUAAUCCAUUAGCAAAAACUUAGAUUAAAAAAUAAUAUAAAAGCAGAUAUGAAAUAUGAUUCUAUGUCUGAUAAAAAGGGAAGAAAAUCCAUGAGCAGAGCACUGUGACCUGCGUCCAGCACACACACACACACACACACACACGACAGAGAGGAUUAUGGGAGAUUGUGCUGAAUGCAGAGAUGUUUGUCGUCACAGGUUUACGCUCAUGGUCUUAUUACUGUAUUUAUGAAGUCAAAUUAAUAAACCCCCUCACCCUCCUUUUGUUCUGAGGUCAAAGGUUACUCUGGACGUUACAGUGGAGCUGAACAUUGUUUAUUAAACAGUUCAAAAGAUUCA